AUGACGGAGCGGGUGACUAGCGAUGGACAAGAGUGGGAAGCUCUUGGCGUCUCCAUGACUCCCCCGCCCGCGUGCAACUCCGCUCCAACUGAGUCGCCUCCGGGACUCCCUGGAGGGACCGGGCAGGGAGCAGCAGCACACAGAGACCACCCUUGGCCCCCUCCCCCGGCAGUCCCCAGAGGCCCGAGAGAGAAGUGUCCACGGGGCGUGACCGUCGCGAGGCGGCCGCGAGGACGCCUCCCGCUUCCCCCCUGGGGCCCUGAGGGCCUGUCCCUUCAGGGGCGGGGAGAAGGGGAAGAGAAAAGGGGGCGCUGGCGAGCCAACCCGGAACCUCCUGGACCGCCUCCCGCCCCCAGCCCCGGCCCCAACGCGCCUCCAGCACACAUGCCCGCACCCAGAAAGUUAAGUCAGGGGCGAGCCCGGCUCGGCGCCGCCGCGGUCCGGCCCCCGGCCCCCGGCCCCCGGCCCCCCGCCCCCACCGCGGCCCGGCCUGCUCGGCCCGAGCGCCCCGCCCGCUGCAGCUCCUUCCCGUCCGUCCGCGGCGCCCCUCGCCCCCCGCCCCCGGCGCUGACACGGGCCCGGCCCGCCCGCCGGGCCGCGGCUCCCCUCCGCCCAGCAUCUCAUCCAGCCUGCCAAUGCACCUUCUCAGAAUUCACCUUCCCUCUCUGCCUUGGUCCCCCCGAGCGGGCAGGAGCCUCGAUCCUCGCGACCCCGCACUCGGCUGGGCGGCUAGCGCCUAGCUCCUCUGGCGGGGGCCGCGCCCGCGCCCCCGGCCUCCCCGCCGCGCCUCGGCGCUCACCUCUCGCCGGUGCCUCAGGCUGCAGCCUCCGCCCGCCCCGGGCUCCAGGACUCGUCUCCCGAGCUCUCGCACAGCGCUGGAGCGCCUCCUUUCUCUCUCAGGGACUCCGCGUCUCCCCGCCGCUUCCCGCCCUCCCCACCCCCCCCUCAAGCCCCAACUCCCCAGCUUCGCGGCGCCUCCGGGAUGCAACUCCCGUGCCCCGCGCACUCCGGCAGCAGUCCCCGCACACACAACAGCCCUCUCGCCGGCGCACGGCUCUGCCCCGCUCCGCGCAGGGAGGGCAGUCGCGGCCGGGGGUGGAGAGGCAGCGCCCCCCACCCGCCGCCCGCCUCGCGCCCGCCCUCGCUGCCCCCAGGGAAGGCGCGGUUACCCGCUCGGUCGGUCACGCCGUCAGGUGCCGGCAGCCGUCGGCGCUGACCUUCGCCGCCAAAGCCGUAGCUGAGGCUGCGGCCGCCAUGUUCCCGUGUUAA